AAUACUAUUACGUUACGCCCAUAAGCGUAGUCUCAUUACCGCAAUUCGAAUAAUCAAACGUCUCUUUAUAGCUUAUAUCUCUACAUCUUAACUUAUUGGUCUUAACGUAAUUAUUAGAUUUGCCCAUUCUAGAAUUAUUCACUCUCACACCCUUGCAACAUGGCCGACAAGCAAAAAAGCGAGUACUGGAUGGAGAGCCAGGGGGAGCGCAAGCGCCUAGCUAGUAACCAUUUUAUAGCUAAAGAUGCUAUGGGUGGUAAGCUCGUUCGCGCACCCGUCGAUUUCUCUCAGCCGGUCAAAGUUCUUGACAGCGGUACCGCGGAUGGAACAUGGCUCCUCGACUUAGCAUUCUCUCUCCCUUCCCUACCCGCCGGCGCGCAUGAGUUCGUCGGCACAGACCUCAACCCCGCCCCCUUUCCUCCUUCCCCUCCCCCAAAUGUGUCAUUCACGGUCCAAGACAUCAAAAAGCCUUGGCCUGAAUCCCAGCAUGGCCAAUUCUCCCUCGUCCACCAACGUCUAACCCUCCUCGGCGCUGGCGCUGCCCCCGCCCCUUCUAUCUCCCACUUAUAUUCCCUCCUCAAACCCGGCGGCUGGAUCCAGCUCUGCGAGGCGACUAUGGUCUUCCCGCCCGAGAUAGUGAACGAUGAGCGCACGCCUGCGUACAGCGACCUGCUCCGGCUAAUGAAGAGCGUUGCGGAGCACGUAGGCGCCGCGUGGGAGAUCGGGGGAACCCUAAAGGGCUUGUUAGAGGGCGUGGGAUGCACGGAUAUCAGCGAGGAGGAAGUAGUGCUGAAGAUGGGCCGGACGAAUGAAGAUGACAGCUUAUGCGAAGACGGUGUCCGGAGCUGCGGAAUUGCAGUUGAGGGAUUGUCGAAGUUUGCAAAGACGUUCCCGCCGGAGAAGCAGCCCCUUCCAGCCGAGAGGUAUGACACCUUGAGGGCGGACUUAGAGAAGGAACUUAGUGAGAAAGGGGCCGUCUUUCCACUCAAGGUUGUCUGGGGGCGGAAGCCGGAGUAGACAUGCUGUACUAUUAUCACAGAGCUUCUAUAUAGGCAUGAUUCCCAUAGUAGAAUUUGUCUACUGGUUGCAAAUAUCGGAAGUUUGAACACCGAUUAAGUUUCAAGGCUCAAAGUCUAUGAGACCAGCUACGUUGUUGUUGGCCCCCCUUUUCAGAUGCUAUGGAGAACUAAGCUCACUCCGAAACAUUUCUCGCAUUAUAUACAUUAAUUUGCCUUAUCUAAAAUCCGGAUGUCGUCUUUUAAUAUUGUCAUUGGGCAAUAAUGAUCAUCUAGGCAAGUUCAUAAGCUUACCGCUUUGACCUCCCUGGAUCCUUAACGAAAGCGUAAUUGUAGGUUGUAGAAUAUUAGGGUUUUCUAUUAGCUGGCCUUUACUAGAGGAUGGACAGUACCGAUGGAUGAAUCGUAUAUGUGGCUACACAACCCAUUGCCGAUCAACGGCUUCUUCUUAAU